AUGGCCUUGAGAUUUGUUCAAUUGCUGAUCAUAUUUGUACUGGCCCUGGCCACCUCCCAAAGGAUCCUUGCAAGUGAUCCAGACAUCCUUUUUGACUACAUAGUCCCGCCAAAUAACAAAGUUGAUGCUAAUUUCUUUACUUACACUGGAUUCCGAGACAUAUUCGAUGAUGUUCCUGGAAGCUUAAACGUAACUAAAGCUACCUUGGCUGAGUUCCCUGCUCUUAAUGGACAGAGUGUGUCUUACGCCAUAAUUAAAUAUCCUGCAAACGGGGGAGUAAACCCACCUCACACCCACCCUCGCGCUGCUGAGCUUCUGUUCCUUGUUGGUGGUUCCUUGGAAGUAGGGUUCGUGGACACGAAAAACGUUCUAUAUACUCAGAAGCUUAAAGUUGGAGACCUAUUUGUGUUUCCUAAGGGAUUAGUCCAUUACCAGUAUAACUCAGAUGCUAAUUUACCACCCUAUGCCUCUCUAUCAAGACUUGCUGCUCAAAGUGAGCAAAUCAAUGCCAUGAAUGUAGAAGCAGUUGAAGAGCAGGUGGCAGAUGAAGCUGCAAUGGAGGAAGACAACGCCAAAGGUGGUGCAGCUAAUGAGGUUUAG